CUGGAUGCGCUCAUGCACACAUAGAAACUAUUCACAUCGUAAAUAUCCACUCCAACCUAACAGUCACUCAUUAUUCUACGUUCGCUGUCAACGAAACUUUCAUGCCUGGUCGUCGGGGUAAUCACCCUUCCUUUGCCAGAAGGCGAGGUUUACUUGACGGUGCGUGCUGAAGAUCUAAACUGCGAUGGAUUUAUCCCAAAACGAUGUGUUUCAUGACAGUCGGCGGGGCGGGGGCUACCCUCGAUGCUGUCCUAGUGUCUGCCAUCUCAGCCGAAUCGAGUGUGCUAGGCGGGAUUACGAGUGAUAUUACCACUGUCAUCAGUGCUGGCACCUCCGUACUUGCGACCUCGCCUACGUCAUCGUCGUCUAGUUCGACGAGCUCUCAUUCGUCUUCCUCACCCACCACUAGCACUCCCAUGUCGUCUCAUUUGACCACGUCCCAAUCACCUUCACAGCCUCAGACAACGCCAUCGCCAACGGCAAUACCCUCUACUACCACUGACUAUUCCGUGUACUCGGUGACAUCAGGCUCUUCUGUUGUUUACCUCACGACAACUAUGGCGUUGCCGUCAGCAACUGCUGCGGCCCCAAAGUCGUUCUUGCAAAACCCAGCUCUGGAAGGUGGCAUCUUCACUCUCGUCGGAAUCGUUGUAUUGGUUAUCCUGUUUAUCAUCGUCACUUACACUUUGCGGAAGCGACGCCGUGGCCGACUUACUGAAGCCAUUACUUUCGACCCUGGAAUGCCCGAUUUCUUCGGAGAUAGCAAUGUUCGUACAAACUCCCUUGAAAAGCGUAGGCUCAGUGGUAGUUCUUCUGGUCAUGUUCACGGGUUUUCCUACGCAACCCCUCAGCAAACGCAAAUGAUGGGACCAUCGCGUCAACGUAGUUACCAACUACAUUCCCAUCCUUAUCAAAUGCCAUACCGUGAACCUCCUCCGAAUCCUCCAUAUCCACCCCGUUCGCCUCACAACUCCCCUCCAUCAAUUGCUCAAGGAUCUGACUUUAACUGCAAUCCUACUGGCGGUGCUAACCUGACCCGGAAAUAUUCCGAUCGUAAACCAGUUCCGCCCCUCUUACCUAACCCUGUCCAUGAUCCAUCCCGCCGGUUGACCCUCCCACAGCAAUUCUGUGCCGGAAGCCCUAGUCAGCCGGUUUCACCCGUUGUGCCUUCUUCUCUUGUGGACUCUGCUACGUUUUCAGAGCCUGUCGCCAAGCCAGUCAAGCAGCCUUACGCUGGGAUUUGAAGGUCUACGUUUACCGAUACUUCAUCUGACGCCUUUCGGCAAGCUGGUUUAUCAGAAAAUAUCACCUGAUUGCUAUACCACUGCCAUACCGUUCUUUAUUCUGAUGAACUCAAUCCAUCAUCCUAUUACUGCACUGGUUAUUUAUGAUCUGAGCUGUGCUCAUCAUUGCACGAUGUU